CCGAUGCAGCCGCCCGCAGACGAGGCCCGCAGGGACGCAGCAGAGGAUACCCAGUGGUCCAGGCCCGAGUGCCAGGCAUGGACGGGGACACUGCUGCUGGGCACAUGCCUUCUGUACUGUGCCCGCGUCAGCAUGCCCAUCUGCACCGUCUCCAUGAGCAAGGACUUCGGCUGGAACAAGAAGGAAGCUGGCAUUGUGCUCAGCAGCUUCUUCUGGGGCUACUGCCUGACUCAGAUCGUGGGCGGCCACCUGGGGGACAGGAUCGGGGGUGAGAAGGUCAUCCUGCUGUCAGCCUCUGCCUGGGGCUUCAUCACCGCUGCCACCCCGCUGCUGGCCCACCUGGGCAGUGCCCACCUGGUCUUCAUGACCUUCUCGCGCAUCCUCACCGGCUUGCUUCAAGGGGUUUACUUCCCUGCGCUGACCAGCCUGCUGUCCCAGAAGGUCCGUGAGAGUGAGCGAGCCUUCACCUACAGCACUGUGGGGGCCGGCUCCCAGUUUGGGACGCUUGUGACCGGGGCAGUGGGCUCCCUGCUCUUGAACUGGUACGGCUGGCAGAGCGUCUUCUACCUCUCUGGCGGCCUCACCCUGCUUUGGGUGUGUUACGUGUACAGGUACCUGCUGAGCGAACAAGAUCUCAUUCUGGCCUUGGGUGUUUUGGCGCAAGGCCUGCCCAUGGCCAGGCACACCAGGGUCCCCUGGAGACAGCUCUUCCGGAAGCCUUCUGUCUGGGCGGCUGUCCUCUCCCAGCUCGCGGCAGCCAGCUCCUUUUUCACGCUGCUGUCCUGGCUGCCCACCUUCUUCAAGGAGACCUUCCCGAGCUCUGAGGGCUGGGUCUUCAACGUGGUGCCCUGGCUGGUGGCAAUUCCAGCCAGUCUGUUCAGCGGGUUUCUCUCCGACCACCUUAUCAGUCAGGGUUACAGAACCAUCACUGUGCGGAAGUUCAUGCAGGUGAUGGGCCUGGGCCUAUCCAGUGUUUUUGCCCUGUGUUUGGGUCACACCUCGAGCUUCUGUAAGUCUGUGCUCUUUGCAUCGGCCUCCAUCGGCCUGCAGACCUUCAACCACAGUGGCAUUUCUGUUAACAUCCAGGACCUGGCCCCAUCCUGCGCUGGCGUUCUCUUUGGUGUGGCCAACACAGCUGGGGCGUUGGCAGGUGUUGUGGGCGUGGGCCUGGGUGGUUACCUGAUCGAGACCACGGGCUCCUGGACGUCCUUGUUCAACCUGGUGGCCGCCAUCAGCAGCCUGGGGCUGUGCACCUUCCUGAUGUUUGGAAAGGCCCAGAGGGUGGACCUGAGCCCCAGCCACGAGGACCUCUAGCUGCCCGACCCCAAGUCCCCCAAGGACCCGCACCAUCAGCCUCGGUGCAAGGGGCUCCAUUUAAGAGCCUCUUGCUCUUGACUCUAGGCUUGUGACCGAGGAGAGUGAGCCUUGGUGGAGUGGGAAGGUGGGGCCAGUGCAGGUGCCCAGCCCUGGCUGUGCCUCAGUUUCCCCUCUGCCAGUGGGGCACUGUGCCCCUCUCAGCAUUGGUGGGACUCUCAUGGGUGACUAGAGUUAGUGUAGAGUCAGACAUGACCCUGCCACAGGCUUGCUUGUGAAUGGUGCCUGUCGCAGAGGGCCUGGACUGCAGUCCAC